AUGGCGUCGUGCUUGAUUGCGGGCGAGCGGCUGGUGCGCGCUUUGGCCCCUGGCGGGGAGCUGGAGCCAAAGCGCCUUCCGCGCAAGCUGCGGGCAGAGCUUGAGGCCGCGUUGGAGAAGAAGCACAAGGGUGGUGACCGCCCCAGGGGUCCCGCACGCCUGGUUCCCUUCCGCCUGAUCCGGGAUCUGCACCAGUAUCUGAGAGAAAGGGGUUCCACACUGUACCUUCAUGAGCUCCUAGAAGGCAGUGAGAUCUAUCUUCCAGAGGUGGUGAAGCCUCCCAGGAACCCAGAGCUAGUUGCCCGUCUGGAGAAAAUUAAGAUACAGCUGGCCAAUGACGAAUAUAAGCGGAUCACCCGCAAUGUCACCUGUCAGGAUUCAAGGCAUGGUGGGAUUCUAAAUGACCUGGGCAAGGAAGUGAGGUCAGUGAAAGCUGUGGUGAUCACCAUCUUCAACUUCAUUGUCACGGUGGCAGCUGCCUUUGUCUGCACAUACCUUGGAAGCCAGUACAUCUUCACAGAAAUGGCCUCGCGGAUACUGGCUGCAGUGAUCGUCGCCUCUGUGGUGGGACUGGCUGAGCUGUAUGUCAUGGUGCGGGUGAUGGAAGGCGAGUUGGGAGAGAUAUAA